AUGGCCCCGCACCGCAUAGCGAACCCCGCCCUCUUUAUUUGCGAUCUGCAGGAAAAGUUCCGCCCCGCCAUCUAUGAGUUCCCCAAGGUGAUUGCAACGGCACAGAAGCUGCUUCGAGCAAGCCAGGUGCUUAACAUCCCCGUCAUUGCAACUACCCAAAAUCGUGCACGGUUGGGCGAGACGUGUCCAGAGCUGAAGCUCGAUGCCCCCGAUGGCGUCAAGACUGUUUGUCAUCUUGACAAAACUCUCUUCUCCAUGAUUACCCCGGAAGUUGAAAGGGCCCUCGACUCUCUCAACGCCCCCGGCCCGCUGUCCGCCAUCGUUGUUGGCAUUGAGAGCCAUAUCUGCAUCACCCAGACCACUCUGGAUCUUCUCAGGCGAAAGCACAAGGUAUAUGUCAUCGCAGACGGCGUAAGCAGCUGCAACAAAGAAGAGAUUCCAAUUGCCCUGGCAAGAUUAAGACACGAAGGCGCCAUUGUCACCACCAGCGAGAGCUUCUUGUACGAAUUGUUUGGAGAAGCCGGCACACCCGAAUUCAAGGCACUCAUCAACAUUGUCAAGGAAUCCUCGCACACCACCAAGGACACUUUGCAAGCCCUCUGCAAAUUCUAA